GGACAAAAUGUGUGUAUAGGAUUAGUGGGUAUAAAAAAUGGCUUUUAUACACUUGUCUUUAUAAGAAACAAGAAAAUAUAUGAAAAAUAGGAACUUAAAAAUAUAAAAGAAAAAGGAUAAAAGGAAACUGGGCAAAUCCUGGUCCAACCAAUCAAAAAGAGCGAUGGCGGUAGCGAAGCUGCUUCUCCCAUCUUCUCUCAACCUCCCCCCAUCCAAACUAACAAUCACCAGAAGACCAUCUCCCUCUCUCCAUCGUCAACAACCAUGGGGGGCAUCAAAGAAGAACAAACCACCCGCAAUCUCAGCAUCGCUUCACGAGACUGCAACAGUCGCUGUUCAAACACCUUUGUUUCUACUUGCAGAUGCUGCUGCUGCUGUUGGGUAUUCAACCGCCAGCUACUACACCUCUCUCGGUUUGUUUGUCAUCUCCGUACCCGGACUUUGGUCCCUCAUCAAGCGUUCCGUCAAGUCUAAGGUUGUAAAGAAGACGUUUGUGGAAGAAGAAAUCGCAGGAACGAAGAAAACGCCUAACCAAGUCGCCGGAGAAAUCCUCUCGUUCUUCACUCGUAACAACUUCUCAGUGGUGGACAGAGGAGAGACCAUCACAUUCGAAGGCGUGAUGGUUCCAAGCAGAGGCCAAGCAGCACUCCUAACGUUCUGCACGUGUAUCAGUUUGGGUAGUGUAGCUCUCGUGCUUACCAUCACCGUCCCAGACUUCGGCAACAACUGGUUUGGCCUCACCAUUCUGAGCCCACUCGCAGGGGCGUAUUACUGGAAGCGAGCAUCACGAAAAGAGCAGAUCAAGGUGAGGAUGAUUGUGGCGGAAGAUGGGACGCUGUCGGAGAUAAUUGUUCAAGGUGAUGACCAACAGGUUGACCAGAUGAGAAAGGAGUUGAAGCUGAGUGAGAAAGGCAUGGUUUACGUUAAAGGCAUUUUCGAGAGAUGAGAUUAUACCCUUUAUUCUUUGUGCCAAUGAUCAAUUCCUUUUGUAUUAUUACAUCUACGAUAUCAAAUUAAAAACUGGCUUGAUAGUUAAUAGGAUAAAACUAGUUUGGCUCUUUUAAAGUUGAAUAUAAUCAUACUCCCAUCUUGAUA